AUGGUAUCGUUUGCAACACCCUUACAACUUGGACCUCUGCUUUUAAAAAACCGUGUGAUUAUGUCAUCGUUAACUCGUGACAGAAAUCGUGUUCCCGGUCCUCUUCAGGUCGAAUACUAUACUCAACGAACUGGCGCCGGUCUCAUUCUCACCGAAGGUACUCUCAUCGAACCACUCGGCGCAGAAUGGUCCAAUGCACCUGGUAUCUAUUCUGAUGAACAAGUAGCUGGCUGGAAGAAAGUGGUGGAUAGUGUUCAUAAUCACAAUGGUCGAAUCUUUCUUCAGCUGUGGCAUAUCGGACGCGUGGCUCAUCCACUUCUGCAAGACGGUCGGCCGAAUGUUGCUCCAUCAGCAAUCGCUGCUAAGGGUGGAAAGUUUCGACAACUGGAAGGUACUCCUGGUUUUGUAACACCAGUUGCUAUUGAAGAUCCUGAACAUUAUGUUGCAUUAUACAAACGAGCAGCUGAGCGUGCAAAAGAAGCUGGAUUUGAUGGUGUUGAUUUGCAUAAUGCCAACGGUUACUUGCCACAUCAGUUCAUAGAUAAUACAUCAAAUCAACGGACUGAUCAGUGGGGUGGUUCAGCCGAGAAUCGAUGUCGAUUUACCUUACGUAUUAUUGAUGAGAUUUCAAAAGUUUUUGGAAAUGAUCGCGUUGGCAUCAAGUUAUCACCGAGUGGUGGUUAUAAUGAUAUGGGGAUGACGGAAAAGGAUACUAUCGAAACAUUUGAUUAUCUCAUCAAAGAACUCGUUGCUCGUCGUAUUGCUUACAUUCAAAUAACACGUUAUUGGCCUGAACGUGAUCCAAUGAAGCGUGGCACUGCUGUUGAUAUAUUUCGAUGGAGAAAUGUGAUCAAUGGUGAACACACGAAGUUUUUUGCUAACGCAGAAUUUAAUGCUGAAGAUGGUACAAAAGUGUUAAAAGAAGGUUUAGCUGAUGCCAUCGUAUUUGGAAGACUUUACAUUGCAAAUCCAGAUUUGGCUCAACGCUUAAUCAACAAAGACGAAUUGAAUUCGAAUUUCAAUCCGAAAACGUUCUAUGGCGGUAGUGCAGUAGGAUAUACUGAUUAUCCAACAUAUGAACAACAACACAGCACAAUAAUAUGA